ACCCGGCCCACACACUUCCGGUUUUCUAGCAUUAGCAUGAAGCUACAGAUCGACAUGUCGGGUUUUUCCCCAACCUUUCGAAAUAGUAAAAGUGAGUUUAAAUAAACAGUGCUGGAAAGAAGAAACGGAUGAUAGUAACUGAAUUGAUAAAUAAUAAUAUCAUAACCAACUCGGUGAGGCUGUUCAAGCCUACAUGACGGUAGAAUCGGGCACCAUACUGAAGCAAGGGGAGGCAGCUUUUUUGUGGGCGAAAAACGACAUUUAUCCAUGAAAAUAUGGAGAUGCUCCCGACUGUGAAUCAGCUGGAGGGAGACACUUCAAGAAGACUGCUCUACAGAGAGGCUCUUCUCCUGCGAGCUCCCCGCACCGUGACGGAGGCAGUCCGGGCACAAGUGAGGGUGAACCAUCGCUGUAACUACGGAGGAAAAUGUCCAAUUAUGAAAGCUAACUUUCCAAGGUGUGGACCGAGACAGCGCUGUAAGGGUCCAGGACCAUUUGGGCACAACGCACUAUGGCCACAAUCAGAAAGAAGCAGAGGAGCAGAAAGAAGAAGAAGGCAAAACCAAGGUCAACGUGUGAGUCCUUCACCUUGCAAACCUCAUCUCCAGAAAAACCUCCACAUUACAGAACCCAAGCUUUCACUACUUUCUUGGUUUGUGUAUCUCUGGACUAUCAGGAAGGUUAUUAAACAUGGCGACGACACUGCAUCUCAUCGGUGGAAAUGGAGGCAAUGCAUUUGCCUUCACUGGCCUUGACAAUGGUGCCACCCUCAAGAAGAUUGGAGUGGCAGUGGGCGGCUGGCAGAUCAAAGCCGUGCGAGCCGAACUGACCGACGGGCGUGUGCAGACCUUUGGAAAUGCGCACACUUUCAGUGAGUUUACGUUCAACCUUGGCGAGCACAUCACCAAGCUGUCCCUGUGGGGGAACGGCGCCGGGACACGUCUAGGUGCCAUCAAGUUCUGGACGAGUUCUGGACGCGAGUUCUUCGCACACAUGAAUGACUGGCCCCUGAAGAUCGAGUACUCUAUCAACACUGGGUCUGGAGUCUGCCUGGGGUUGCAGGGGAGAGCUGACACAGACAUCGACUGUAUGGGGUUCCUCUUCAUCAAUGCCAUCAAGUCGUCUGUGCUAACCAACAUGACCUAUCCCACUCUGGCCAUGUACAAACCCCAGGUCAACAAAGAGUACAUCAAAUCGGUGUCUUAUGACAAUGACACCUCUCAGACUCAAGAGCAGAAAUGUAGCUACAGCAGAUCUGUGAUCAAGUCUAAAACCUGGAGCACCACCGUUAAGUUUGAGUUCAGCGUCAGCACGACCGUUUCAGCAGGGAUCCCGGGUCUGGUGGAGGUGUCCAGUGGGUAUAGCUUGACCUUGGGAGCCGAGACGACCUCCACAAUUACCCAUGAAGAGACCAUAACAGAAUCAGAUGAGGUCAGUGUGAAGGUCCCGCCAGGAAAGACCGUGAGCGUUGAGUUGUCAGUGGGACGAGCAAUCAUCGACCUCCCCUACUCGGCCACCGUGAAAAUCACAUGCCUGAAUGGCAGCGAGCUGGCCUUUGCAUCCACUGGCAACUACAUCGGUGUGGCUUACACUGCAGUGAAUGUGAAAACCACUGAGUCUGCUAAAGUCAUGAAUGUUGAAUAAGAUGCAUCAACAUCUUACUGUGCACAGUUUUUAUGUUGAUUGCAUAACAUUGGUUUGAUUGCUAAUGCAGAGCCAUGUGAACUUGCUGAGUGAAUGACAGUCACAGA